UAACAAGACUCAUGGCGACAAAGUCCCAAACAUGGUCCAUGUUCACUGUCAUUCUAGCGCUGGCUGUGCAGUUAUGUAUAGGUGUGAAACCAUGUGUCAUCUGGUCCAGCGCUGGACCUGUGGUGCAGCGAGGUUCCACUUUCAAGGUGUAUUGCACCUUUAACUGCAAGUGCAAGUACUCCAUGUUCAACGACCAACUAAUGGAACCACAGAGUCACCAAAAAUUUAAUUAUACUACUACAUAUUUGAAUGUGGUGAAUAUUACAACUGACAGUACAUACAGCUGUGUGUGUGCCUGUGACCCUGAACCUCAACCAGACCCCUGUGGAAUAGACAUCUCAGUUGGAUAUCCACCAGAUCGCCCUACAAACAUUUCAUGCUUAAACAACGUUCUUAAUAAUGGAAGUGGACUUGUUAAUUGCACUUGGAACAGCGGACGGCAUACUUAUAUUAAGACUACAGCAAAACUGGAGGUGAUAACUGUAUCUGAAAGCCACACAGGUGAACCACUGUCUGUCACAGCCUCCAGCAAGGGAACUGAUUUUCCAUCAGCUAGUUUCAUUGUGGACAGCUCAGUCCAGUUCAUCUCUGUGUGGAUCAAAGCCCAAAAUGAUCUGAAUGCUACUGAGUCUGCCCCCAUCAACUACUCACUCAGUGACAUUGCGAUACCAUCCACUCCUGUUCUCGGUCAACCCAAUUGCUCUUCCAGGCAGUGCAUCAUCAAAGUAGAGCAGAAGACACCACACCUGGAGAUCCAAUACAGAACAGAACAACAUCCAUGGACAACUAAUCCAGACUCAGAAAUGCAGUCUCAGUCCAUUUCCUCCCUGGAGCCCUACAGGUUGUAUCACUUCAGAGCCAGAUCCAGAUUCAGCUCUGGCCUGUGGAGCCAGUGGAGUGCACAUGUUUCAAGCUGGACUCAAGAAGAGGCUCCUGCCAAAGAGUUGGAUGUGUGGUAUUCUGAAUCUGCCUCUGACUCUAAUUCCCUGACAGUUUAUUGGAAGGACACUGACAUCUCCAUCGCUAGAGGGAAGAUCUUAGAGUACAUAGUCAGCGUUAACAACUCAGACUCUAAAUUGAUCUUCAUCACUAACCUGAGUGCACAAAACAGAAAUUGUUUAGUGCAAUCCUGUCCCAACUGUGAAGUGACAGUGUGUGCUCGCAACUCUAAAGGACUCUCCCCACCUGCAAGAAUUACAACCUACCGCAUGACAGCCGAGCCCCCUCCGGAUGUGCAUUUCAUGCCUAGCAAUCACAGUGUCACCAUCUCCUGGAGCAAGCCUGAAACUGCACUGCUGCCAGCUGGGUACGUGGUGGAGUGGUACCCGGAGGGCUACAAGCAGGAAGAGCUUAGAUGGAACAGACUGAGCAGGAAUGACAACCAUGCUGUCAUUACAGGUGUUAACCCAUUUGAAUGCUAUGAGGCAGCUGUGUAUGUUCUGUAUAAUGACCGCUCUAUGACUAGGAGCAGGUCUACACGCUUCUACACUAUGGAGUCAGCCCCAGUAUCUGGUCCAUCUGUCAAGGAGACGGUUAAGGGAGACACAGUAAUAGUGACCUGGACGGAGCUUCCCAGGGGUCAGCGUGGGGGUUGUAUCACCCAGUAUACCAUCUAUCUAGAAAACAGCAGCGGAAAACAGGAGACUUACAAUAUAAAAACAGAAAAUAAAAGAGAACACAUCAUCAAAAGCCUGCCUCCAUCUGGAUACAGCCUGUGGAUGACUGCUUGGACUGCUAAAGGAGAGGGCCCUGCAGGUCAAAAGGUCAAAAUCUUCAUCCAGCAAGACAACCAACUGCACCUCAUACUGGUGUGUGCGGUGGUCUUCAUCGCCAUGGUGUUUCUGCUGUGUCUGUGCCAGAGUUCGGCAGUAAAGCAGAGGUUGUGGGUGUAUUUCCAGUGCUUCAUGCUCGAUGUUGUUCCAGAUCCUGCAAACAGCAAAUGGGCAAAAGAGUGCACCCAAGAGAAGGGCAAGAUGAACCUCCCACUCCAGCUGAGUAACUCAAGUACCACAGAGGAGGACGAGCCCAUCCUCGUAGAUGUUGAGGAGCUACCCAGGCAGAUCUGUGACAUCUCCGUACCUUCAAAUGUCUCCUCACAGCCCCCUGAGACCCAACCAGCCACCCUGCUGUACCCUCUCACCACGUACAUCAAGAGCUUCUCCCAUGACUCUGACAGCUCCGACCACACGCACACGUCUUUGGAAACAAACACGACGAUUGACUAUAUCUCAUCACACGGACUGGGAAACAUGGACGAGGAAGAUCAGGAGGAGGAGGAGAGGAUGGAGGAGGAGGAAGAGUUCGCUGAAGUGCUUGGUUUCUUCCCCAGUCACAACGCUUUCAUGGAGCCACUGAUGUUCGGAGGGAAGUUGACUCUCGAUGCGGUCAAAAUCGACUGCAGCAACUUUGAGAACAGUUAGUGUUAACCUGAAACCAGAACUCUUUGGUGAGAUGAGG